AGGGUGAAACAGAUGACUUUUGUUGAAGAACCAGCUGUCAGAUCCAGACAUAAAGGAUGACCAGAUCCUUAACUUGCUGCUAGAAUUCCGCACUUCUAUCACAUACUUGACGCAAGACUUUGAGCACCUUAUCAGCAUUUUGUUGGUAAGUUCUUUAUUUCCACGACUAGGAGGUGGCUCUGUACUUUGGAAAUAGUUUACAUCAGUGAAAUGUUCUUCUUCUCCCGACUCUAGAGGUUGCCUUGGUUGAACAGAAGUCAAACAGUGGUGGAGGAGUAUUUGGCUUUUCUUGGUAAUCUGGUGUCAGCACAGACUGUCUUCCUUAGACUCUGUCUCAGCAUGAUUGCUUCUCAUUUUGUACCUCCUCGAGUGAUCACUAAGGAAGGUGACAUAGAUGUUUCAGAUUCGGAUGAUGAAGAUGAUAAUCUUCCUGCACUUUUUGACACAUGUCAUAGAGCAUUGCAAAUAAUAGCAAGAUAUGUCCCAUCGUCAAAGGUAUUCAUCGAUCCCAUUUACCAGACGUGGGAGGACAUGAGUGCUGAAGAGCUUCAGGAGCUUAAGAAGCCUGUUAAAAAGGAGGUGAUAGAGGAUGAAGAUGAUGACUUUUUGAAAGGCGAAGUGCCUCAGAACGAUGCUGUGAUUGGAAUCACACCAAGCUCCUUUGAAACACAUUUCCGAAGCCCUUCCAGUAGCGUGGGCUCCCCACCUGUGGUGUACAUGCCCGGCCAGUCCCCGCUUAUCUCAGGAAUUUGUGAUUGAGGAGCUUUGCUCUUCCUGGUGUGGCCUUCAGUGCCCAGCCCCGUACAGUUGUGGCACUGCUUGGACUGCAGAUGCUGUAUGUCCCAUUUAGACUUCACCUGCCGUCCGAUAGACACUUUUUUUGUUUUGUUUUCUUUUUUAUGCUCCCCUUAUGGAAAAAAGGAAAAGAUUGUCAUGUGCAAUAUUUUAUAGAGGGUUUAUGAUAAAUGUCAAAGACUGCUUAUUAGUUUAAUGUGUAUCUUUUUUUAAUGUCAUUGUAGAAUUUUAAAUAUCAGCACUAGCCCAUUUUAAUAGAUGGCCUUUUUUAACAUAGGUCCUUUUUAGAGCCAUGGUCACAAAGACUUUCUUGGUCUGAUUUCAGUGAACAGUCCUCUAGGAUAAAUCCUCUAUUUAAAAACUAGAAUGUUUAUUUUGGCUGUGUUUACUUUCUGUUGUAACUGUAUUUGUGUGGUGGGACAUACUGAGUUCAGAGAAGAUGAAGGAAAGUGGGGACAUGGCGGGGCUGUGCUGAGAGGCUACUUGUUUGAGCUGACAUUGAUGAAGCUCUCUAGGGACUUGCGAGGACCGUCAAUGACAGGAGGGAAGAGAGAAGGCAUUUAUGGAAACAGGAUUGGACAGAUAGCGUACUUACUUAACUCAGUGUAAAAAUGGAUUUGGAAGAAAAGCGGAGGUCAGAUAAAUGUAAUUUGUGUCGACAAAGUGGGUUUGUACAACAAACAAGUUUUUUUACAACAAACCAACCACAGCUUUAUCCUGGCUCCCAAGCCUGUUAGAAUUGAAUCUGCCAACUUGCACCAGUUACAUUGGUUUUGACCAGUAUCAUUUGGUUAUUUUGAAAUGUUUCUUGAUUAUUUGGUGGGGUGGUUGCUGUCAUCAGUAGGCCAAAGUUACUCCUGCUGACCCCUCUAAUGGCUCUGUGCAUCCUCAAUUCACCCUGAUGAAAUCCUUCUGGAGCAAGUCUCCAUAUUUUUAUAAGUAAACCCCGAGAGAGGAGUAUUGCCCUUGCUUUUAGCAACUUUGUGCAAGCGCUUCUGGAGUCAUUUUAAACCUCAAGUAUGUUUCCUUUCGUUCCUUGUGCGUAUACUCUGUGUAUUUGUGAAGAUGAUCAUCUUUAAGCAUAUUUAUUUAUCUGCCAUGUCUAUUUAUUUGAAGGCAAGCAGUAUUUUCUUGAUCACAAAGAUUAUGUAAUGAAAUAUUACAUCUUUCCUAGGGCUUCUGUAUAUACUCUUAUGUAAUCAUAUUGAUGGCAAUGUAGAGUUUGAAUUUCAGUCUGUAAAUAAUCUUGGGAUAAGGAAAUUUUUAAGAUUUUGGGUGCUCUCUGGCAGCACAUAUUCCAGUAGGUUUUAGAUAUUGGUGAUUUUUCUUUAGGUGACUUGUUUCAAAGUCAUUUGAGAACCUUUAAAGUUCUCUGUGUGUUUUAACUGCUGAUAAAAACAUGGAUUUUUGUAUAUUGGAUAAAAUAGGUAAAUGAUAUUGUAUCCACAGAAAUUAGCAGGAAGUAGGUAGGGCCUUUGUGGUUUGGGAAGUAGUUAUAUAUGGAAGAAUAUAUUUAUUUACACAUGUCUUAAUUUUAAAGGGGAUUGAAGAAAAUAUCCAUUGUGAAAAAUAAAACAAUAUGGUUAAUGUGGAACUUUUAUUGUUACAUCAAUAAAGAGGGGAACCUUAAUAAAAACUCCUUACAUUCUUUUGCUAUGUGUGCGUGUGACUGAUCUUUUUUUUAAUGUUAGAAAACUGCUUCCGAGUCCUCACUGUUAAAGUAGGGACUGUUACAUUGUAUACUUUGGGAGUGUUGAGAAAUAAACUGCACUCUGUGAUGAGGAUGGCUUCCGUGUGUGUUAUGUGAAGGGUCCAUGGCUUUUCCUGAACACAGCCAGCCAGGAAUCACAGGCCUGAACAGGUACAAGAAAACAAACAGCUGUCCAAAGAAAAUGACAUGCUUUGAACGAACAUCUGUAGAAAAAUAGUGAAACAUCUUUGAAAUUACAUGAACAUAAUGGCAUUGGGGGUAGGCAGGCAAGAUGCUUUUCUUGGUAUCUGGCCAGGUAAUUUAUUUAAUCCAGGACCUAGACAUAAUAUAGAACAG